AGACGAGAGAGAUGUAAAAAGAGUGGACAGUGCUGAAUCGGUCUCUGAGUCACUGAGUCCCAACCUCUUAACACAGCACGCCCCCACGAUAGGUGCUGCCAAAGUCUGAGGGCCCAAUUGCAUUGACAACUCUCUCUCUCUCUCUCUUUCUGUUUUUAUUAAUGAAUUAUUAUUAUGAAAUAUUGUAUGGCUGUAUGUGUCUGGUCUGAUUGAUCAAAGUCUCGACUGGUCGAUUGAAUAGAACAGAGGAACUGAGAUUACUUUAUCAUUUUGGUGUACGCCAUGCCUUAUUCUUUUGCCAUCCAUGGAAACUGGAAUGAAAAGGGGUUGUUUACAUCAUUUUAUAUGUAUUUGUAUUAUACUAUUGUAUGUUUAUAUCAUUAUUAUGUACAUACAGCAGCUUUAUACUGUUCCAUGAGAGCAUGCUUCUUGCAUCGUUUAUAUUUUUUAUGGUAGCAGGGAUGGUAUGAAAAGAUGAAUUUGUGAGAUGGGUAUUGGUUUGUUAAUUUUGGGUAUUUUAUUGGGGGAUUAUGAUUAUUCUAUAUGAUUGUUGGGGUGGAUACAUGUAGAAAUGAUAAGCAGAAAGGAUUUUAAGAUAAAUUAUGAUUGAUUGGGGCACAAACUUUAUGAGUUGUUUUCUUUGUUUAUUGUUACAGUAUGAAUUAAAUGAAAAAAAAUAAUGCUGUUUUUUGGGUGUGUUGAAUGAAAAAACCUCCCUUUUGUCUUUGUGGAGGACCUCAUUUCAGUGAAAAAUAUUAUUAAUGAUGAAAAGAAGGAUAAAGAUAAAGGAGGCAAAGCAAUGGGUGGGGUGGGGAAGAAUGGUUCUGUACUGUUUUUAGCCUGUCCCCCCCACCCAACACAGUCUCUCUCUCUCUCUCUCUCUCUCUCUUAUAACAGGCCAAGGGUCCAAGUCCAAAGCCCACUACCGCAUUGGCUUUUUUUUCGCCUUUUGCUUCUGUGCUUCCUAUGCAAUUGUCUAUGUCUGCUGCUUCUGCUCCCCCUUCUCAGUACUGCAAAUGGGGGAGGAAUCAUACUUUGAAUUUCUUGUUAUUAUUUGAUACCCCUCUCUUUUCUUCCCGUCUUUUAGCCUUCUGGGUAUCCCUCCAAGCAUGACUUUCUGCUUCUCUUCUUCUCCAUUGAUCUCUCUCUCUCUCUUCUUCUUCUUCUUCUUCUUCUACUACUACUGUUCUAGCUACCCCUCAACUUAUGAACUUCUUGCCAUGAUUUGACUUCAUUUCCAAUUUUCUAUUGCUCUGGCUUUGUGGGUGCCCUUCCAAGCCACUUGAUUGCCGUCAUACGCCCCCACCCCUACUUUUCUUUGUUUAUGUUGUUUUUUGUUGGUGGGCUGGUUUCUCUGGGUUUGCUUUAUUCAACAACAUUGAGAACAAUACUGGGUUUUCAUGGAAAUUGAUCUGAACCAUGCAGUGACUGAGGUGGAGAAUGCUUGUUGUAAUGGAGAUUGUGACAAGGGUGGCUGUGUUCAUUGCCUCUCUUCUUCUUCUUCAUCUUCAUCUUCUUCGAAUUCCUCCUCUUCUCCUGCCGCUUCUUCCAUUUAUUUGGAGCUCUGGCACGCUUGCGCUGGCCCUCUCACCUCACUGCCCAAGAAAGGAAAUGUGGUUGUGUACUUCCCGCAGGGUCACCUGGAACAGGCUGCCUCCUCCUCCCCUUUUCCUCCCAUGGAGAUGCCCACCUGUGAUCUCCAACCCCAAAUCUUCUGCAGAGUUGUAAAUGUUCAGCUGCUUGCUAAUAAGGAGAAUGAUGAGGUCUAUACCCAGGUCACUUUACUUCCUCAACCAGAGAUGAUGGAGUUGAAUUUAGAGGGGAAAGGGGCUGAGGGGGUGGGGCUGGAUGAGGAGGGAGUUGGAGGAUUAACCCCAAAAUCAACCCCACACAUGUUCUGCAAAACACUCACAGCUUCUGAUACCAGCACCCACGGUGGAUUCUCUGUUCCGCGCAGAGCUGCUGAGGACUGUUUCCCACCUUUGGAUUAUGAACAACAAAGGCCCUCUCAAGAGCUUGUUGCCAAGGACCUUCAUGGAGUGGAGUGGAAGUUUCGUCAUAUUUAUCGAGGUCAGCCAAGGCGCCAUCUGCUAACUACUGGAUGGAGUAUUUUUGUUAACCAAAAGAAUCUUGUCUCUGGGGAUGCAGUCCUCUUUUUGAGGGGUGAAGGUGGAGAGCUGAGAUUGGGAAUUAGAAGAGCAGUUCGACCAAGAAAUGGUCUUCCUGACUCAAUUGUUGGCAACCAGAAUUCACAUCCCAAUGUUCUUUCUUUGGUGGCUAAUGCAAUCUCCACCAGAAGCAUGUUCCACGUUUUCUACAGUCCAAGGGCAAGCCAUGCGGAAUUUGUCAUACCUUACCAAAAAUUUAUGAAGAGCAUUACCAAUCCGAUAUCCAUUGGAACAAGAUUCAAAAUGAGACUAGAAAUGGAUGAUUCUCCAGAAAGAAGGUGCAGUGGUUUAGUGACUGGGAUAGGUGAUGUGGAUCUUUUUCGAUGGCCAAACUCAAAGUGGAGAUGCUUGAUGGUCAGGUGGGAUGAAGAUAUUGUCAGUGAUCAUCAAGAACGAGUGUCCCCAUGGGAGAUUGAUCCUUCUGUAUCUAUCCCUCCCUUGAGCAUCCAAUCCUCGCCAAGGCUGAAAAAGCUGCGCACCAGUUUGCAGCCAACUCCGCCCAACAAUCCCGUAUCUGGAGGGGGUGGGUUUUUGGACUUUGAGGAUUCUGUUAGAUCCUCUAAGGUCUUGCAAGGUCAAGAAAAUGCAGGUUUUGUAUCACCGCUAUAUGGGCGUGAUAAGAUAAACCGCUCGCUGGAUUUUGAUAUGCAAUCCCCAGCACAUCAGAGUCUUGCAUCAAAUGGAUUACAAAGGAAAAAUAUUAGUGACUAUAUGAGGGUUCAGCCCACUAAUUACACAGGCUUUGUGGAAUCUGAUAGAUUCCCUAAGGUCUUGCAAGGUCAAGAAAUAUGCCCCUUGAGAUCCCUGACAGGAAAGGGCAAUUUCAACCUAAGCUCUUGGGGAAAACAUGAUCUCAGUUGCCAUUUUCUUAACAUGUAUCAAGGAUCCAAACCCAAUUUCUACCCACUAGCUUCAGAAGGUGUUAGAGACAUGUAUGUUCCGCACAACAACAUUUACAAAGCUGGCCAAGAUCCUGUAUUGCCCUCUUAUACAACUAGUUUCCCUAGAGAAAACAUUCCAUUCAGCAGCAUGCCUUCUGUUGCCGGUGGGAUUAUCAGGGAUGAAGUUAGAAAGCCAAAUCUACCAAACGAGCAGAAGUCAUUGGAAAAUUUAUAUGCUCCUCCCACUUUAGGGGCAAAUCUGAAAAAUCAGAAAGAUGAUGCCUUUAAUGGGACCAUGGCUGGCUGCAAAUUGUUUGGAUUCUCCUUGACUGGAGAAGCCCCUCAAAACCCGCAAAGUUCCAGUAAAAGGAGUUGCACGAAGGUCCACAAGCAAGGCAACUUGGUGGGAAGAGCUAUCGAUCUGUCAAGACUAAACGGCUAUGAUGACUUGCUGAGUGAACUAGAGCGGCUUUUUAGCAUGGACGGCCUUUUGCAUGACCCUCAUAAGGGAUGGCGGAUCUUGUACACAGAUAGUGAGAAUGAUGUGAUUGCUGUUGGGGAUGAGCCAUGGAAUGAGUUUUGUAACGUGGUAUCCAAGAUCCACAUAUAUACUCGAGAGGAAGUGGAGAAGAUGACAAUCGGAAUGAACAGCGAUGAUACCCAAAGUUGCUUGGAAGAAGCUCCAGCAAUAAUCGAUGUGUCGAAGUCCUCAUCAGUGGGGCAGCCAGAUUCUUCACCCACUGUGGUUAGGAUUUGAGAUGCCCGGCUAUCUUAAGAAGUACUAUGUUUGCUACUUUGGUAUGUGUAUUAAAUCUACUCCUGAACCUUGUAACUUUUUUUUAAAUUGCAGUAGCUGUGAUUCUCAAUGAAACUUGAUGAUAAUUAAAUUGGAUCUUUAAAAAACCAUUUCAAA